AUGGACCUCGAUACAGAUAACCAAAUAUUGCAGGCCCUGGCAGAUGGCAAGUCGAUGGACUAUGAGCUGUGGCCUGGUCUUCUUUCCCGAUUGAUCCCCAGAUUAGAAAAGAUUGUAGAAACCGAAUUCCCCAUUCCAACCCCUGUCUCUUCCAUACCAUCCUCCCAGAUCCCAUCAUCACCACCGCCCCAACCGAAAAAAGAAGACCCAUCCAGCCAAACCAGCACCGACUCAUUCGACAAGGAAAACGCCUCUCCCCAAUCGAAACCCAAACCCACCUCUCUCCCCUCCCAGACCCAAGCCUUCCUAAACUCCAUAACCACAACCCUCCAAUCCCUCUUCUCCAAAUACCCACCCCACACCAUACAACGGCUCGCAGAACUAAUCCUCACCCCGCACAAGCACUACCGAUCCCUCCCCACCUACCUCCACGCCGUCGACCGCGUCGUCCACGUCUCAUCCGGCGCACACAUAUUCCCCCUCCCACCCGCAAUCUCCAACCCUUCCACCACCGGCCUCGAUCCCCUAUCUAUAUCCUGGGGCAAACCCCCAUCAGCACAGUCCAAUCUAGAGUCCGAUGAAUCACUAGGAGGAGCGCUGCUUACGCCGAUCCCGUGGUUGAGCAAGAAUGCGAGUGGGAGUGGCACGCAUUCGCCGUUGGAAGGGGAAGUCAAGACGGAGAGCACGGAGAUGAUCGAUGGGCCCAAUGGCAUGGGUGGUAUCGAGACGGUAUCUGUAUCCGUGAACGGCGUCUCGUCUGCUACGAAAGAAAACCCCGCGUCUGGUGUGGAUUCAAUUCUACGCGCAGAGGGAGGGGUCACGCAAGGAGAGUUAUUGAGGCAGGAACAGAGGGCGGGUGUAGUGCCGGCUACGCAGUUGGGAGUUAGAGGGACGGGGGAUAGUGAUAGGAUGGGAGAGGAGAAUGAGGCGCCGCACGCGAGGGGGCCAGAGGAGAUUGGCAUGGACGAUACGGGGCCGCAGCCUGGGCUUGAGAGGACGGGAUCGGGGGUUAUUAGGCAGGGGAUUGAUGUUGAGGCUGCUGUUGGCAGGAAAGCUGAAGUCAAGGACGAGGAUGAGGAUGUGAAGAAAGAGGAUCAGCUUGAGACUCCUAGUACACCGAAGAGGGAUGCAGAGGAGGAAAUAGGCGCUGAUGAGAAGAGGGUCAAAGAAGAUUCCACAGCAGAUGAUGACGAUGAUAUGGUUCUAGUAGAUGCGGAUGGCAGGAUGGAGGAUGUAAAGAAAAUCAGCGAGGAAGGUGAGGAUAAGGGUCCUGAUGCUGUUGAUGCUCCUACUAUCUGA